GACCUCUUAUCUUCAACACAGACGGGCGAUUCAGUUCUCCGAGGACCUAAAAUGGCCGCCGAUUAAGCUUAAUCAACCCCUCGAUUUCCAGGCGGAGCCACCGUCCAGCAUCUUCCUUCACCUCAACUUGCUUUUUCCGAGCUGCCCCCAAUGAGAACAUCGACAUUUCUUCAUUCCGCCAACUUCUUGUUUCCCAUUCGUGGCUUCAUCUGUUCGACAUCCAAGAAACCCAUUCUUUUUGUCGCGCCCUGUAAAUUCAAACCCAUUUUCUUCAAUUUUCAACCUAAAUCAGACCGGUUGGUUGUAUUUUGUUAUCGGGAUUCCGAUAAAUCUGUAGGGUAUGAACAGUCUAUGGGGGUCGAAGAUUCGAAUGUGACUUUGGUGGAGGAGAAUGUAGAACGAAAUCAAUGGAAUGUAGAACUGGCUACCCCUAGUGUUGGAUUUCAGCUGCUCCCCAAAUUGAGCUUGAGCAACAAGGCUUUUCUUAUCUUGACAUUCAUUGCCCUGACGACUUCUGUGGCAUUUACAAGCCUUGUCAUUGCAGCUGUCCCAACGCUAAAUGCUAUGCGCAGAGCAGCCAUAUCACUUUCAAAGCUAGCUGACGCAGCUCGUGAAGAACUUCCUGGUACAAUGGCUGCCAUUAGACUUUCUGGCAUGGAGAUCAGUGAUCUGACUCUUGAACUAAGUGAUCUAAGGAACUCUACCUAAAUAUUUCCACAUUUUCUUAUGGAAUCAACUCAGAAAACCCUUCAUAGCUUUGAGUUUCAAGCUUUUCUACCCAUCAAAGACCAACAGAUUCCAACUUCUUAUCGUUCUUCUUUUUCUACUGUUUCUGAUUCUGCUUCUCCUGUUUUGGCUGUUGUAAUUCUAAGUGUGAUGGGAACAGCUUUCUUGCUUUUGAGUUACUACAUUUUCAUCACCAAAUGCUGCUAUAACUGCCAUCAGUUUAGUUUGCUGAGAAGGUUUUCAAGUUUCCUUACCCCUCAACAACGUGAAGAUCCUUUCAUAGCUCUCUCCCCAACAACAAUGUGGAAUUGCGGCCUUGAGGAGUCUAUGAUUCGCCAAAUCCCGGCUUUUCGAUUUGAAAGAGAUGGUGAACAUAGCGGUAUCUAUGGUUGUGUUGUUUGUUUAAGCGAGUUUCAAGAGAAUGAAAUGCUAAGGGUUUUGCCUAAAUGCAGCCACACAUUUCAUUUGGACUGCAUUGAUAUCUGGCUGCAAAGCAACUCUAAUUGCCCUCUUUGUAGAACAAGCAUUUCAGGUAUAACAAAGCCUCCAAUUGAUCAAACUGUAGCUCCAAGCUCUUCUCCUCAAAACUCACAGCUUCUUUCCAACGGCUUAAUGGGAAGUGAUGAAGAUUUUGUAGUUAUUGAACUUGGUAGUGAAGAUGAAGUAGUUUUCUCAGAAGGUCAACAAGAGGGUAAUGCUUCAAGAGAAGUACUAGUUCAACAGACUUCGAAAAAGACCGAGAACAAGAUCCGGAAACCAAAAACUCGAAAAUGUCACCAUGUUUCGAUCAUGGGAGACGAGGGUAUCGAUGUUAGAGAAAAAGAUGAUCAAUUUUUCACUCAACCUAUCAGAAGAUCCUUUUCCAUGGAUUCUGCAGCUGAUCAGCAGCUUUACUUAACUGUUGAAAUGAUAAUCCAUCAAGGUAGGCAAAUCACCAGGUCUAGUAGUAGUAGUAGUGGUGCAGAAAGUGACAGCAGAAACCGAAGAUCUUUCUUACCAUCCCGAUCAGGACGAGGAUGCAAAAAUGCAAUUCUUCCACUUGAGUCUGAUUUGUAAAUAUUGUAAGGAUUGAUUCAUUUUAUUCAGAUUUACUCUGUUUGCUUUUGAUUUUAGAAGUGGGUGAAAAAGUUUACAGGUGAACGAGGUAUUACACUCAAAACAGAUGUUUACUUAUAAGUUCUUGUUAUGAAACUUCACUCAUCAUGGAAAAGAGAUGAAAAAAUGGAGCUUGUUGAAACUUUGGCAUGCUACGGCAAAUCAUUGCUUAAACCACUAA